AUGAACGAGUGCCGGUUUAUUGCCGUGGGUGCUGUAGUGACGGUUGGUUCUGUGGCCGUCUACAGCGGUUGGUUGUGGACACUGACAUGGGUGACCAUCUACUUGCUGGUGGCUGGUCUGGGCUUUUACUAUGCUGUUCAGUGGAACUUGGUUCGUGGCAAAAACUACAAGCCAGCGGUCAGCCACAAGGACAAGAAUACUCUCAAUAUUAUUAUCAGAAAGAUGGUGGAGCUUGAGGCAUGUGGGACAGAGCAGCCAAGAAAAGUUGUGAUCUCUCGUAAUUUAGACAACUCACUCCAGGAAGUGCUGGACCUUGUGGUCAAGCAUCUCAUAACAACAUGGUAUGAAGCUCUCAGCAAGGACAAGACAUUUAUCAAGCAGCUACAAGCAGAGAUGUGGAAUAUCAUCGAUAAAGUUAGCAGACGAUUGUCAGAGGUGGAUCUGGUGCGGUUCUUAUCUCAGGAUGUUGUCGACUGUUUACAUCGACAUUUUAAAUCCAUCCGUUUGGCAAAAAGGUUUGACACUGACAGAGCAGAUGAGGACAGCCCCAAGUUCAUGCUCCACUCCUGGCUAGUCAGUGAUGAGAGUGAGCUGGACUGUCUGAGGAAGGUGUCUGAUGCUGUGCUGCUUCUGCUGCUGUCCAAGCCCUACGCCACCUGCGCCCCAGUCAGACAUUUGCUUCGAGAGAUCAUCGGAGGAAGUGUUUUAAAGCCGAUGAUUGAUCUGAUCUGUGAGCCCGACUACAUCAACCAAAAACUGCUGGACUACUUAUCGUACAGGGAGAAACAGUACGCAGACACCAAGAGAACAUAUAUGUACUCGGCCACAUAUGAAGGCUUUAUGAAAAUGAUCAAGUCCUCAGAGUCCAUCGCAGACUUGCGACAGAUGAGGUACAAUAUCAUCUCUGAGAUCCUGCAAGCCUCGGCCAUCAAUAACUUGAAGAAACAGCAAGGCCUCACCACAGAUAAGGAUGUGGUCCCAAAGGGCACAAACAAAGGGGAACUUCUGAAAGCCAGGAAUCUGGAACGCUAUAAAAACCAGUUGACGGUGGCCAAGCAGUUGUGUGAGAAAAGGAUUCUUAGUCUUGGUGGAACCAUUUAUGAGUCAUCGCUUCAGAAUCCUCCCAGUGAAGAGGAUAUCCCUGGUCAAAAGGUGUUUUCCUUCUCUGUGAUUCUGGAAAUGCCCAAAGGGAGAGAAUACUUCAUGAAGUUUUUAAAGAAAGAGGGAGCUGAAUCCUUUCUUGGAUUUUGGAUUGCUGUAGAGAAACUGAAAACAACGGCAGAGGAAGAGCAGCACCGCCUGGCCACCGAAGUGUACCAACAGUACAUUGCCAGCAGCUCCUCCCAAGUUAGGUUUGACAAGUCUCUGCUAAAGGGAAUGGAGGAAUUUCUCCGAGGGGAUAAGGGACCCGAGGCUUUCAUGCUUGCGCAGAAGCAGGUGCAGCAGCUUCUGGAGGACCAGUACUACCCAUCAUUCAUUGUCAGCGACACCUACUUCCUGUUAGCCUCUAGCACACAAGGUGGGGUCACUUCUGAUGAGGAGAACACCAUGUCAGAUGAGUUGUUCCUGGAGUCUGCCGAUAUAUUUGAUGAGGGCGAGGAAAGUUUGAUCGCAGGACAAUCCUAUCGUGCGCAGCAGCUGCUGCGGGCUCUGGACAGCAAGAUCACAAACAAAGCCAGGGCACUUCGGGCCCAGAGAUCUUCACAGAAGGUUGAUGGAGGCUCAAAGCUGAAGAAGGUGCAGGAGGACAUGGAGCAAGAGUUAGAGAACCUAAAGCAGGAGAGACAUUUGCUGGAGAUGCACAUUGCUCGAACACAGAAGUGGAUCGAUAACAUCGGCCAGUGGAAUGCUCAAAUAUAUGAUGCUUCUAUCAAGACUGAAGAUGACCGCAAGAUCCCCCAGUUUGUGGUGUUGGUGUCUCUCUGCUCCGAGGACCAAACUAUCCCUGCCCAGGUCAGCAGUUCUAGUGAAGGAUGGGCCAUCUCCAGGACUCUGGAAGACUUCCAUGUCUUGCAUGAGAAGUUGGCCCCUAUCAGCAAGUGGGCACAGAAAAAAGAAUUGCCAACAUGUAGCAAAUUGUUCAAGUCUGUGGACAGUGCAUUCAUGCAGAAGGCCUGGGCUGUACUCAAUGAAUACCUUGCAAUGGUGAUGAAGGAUGAGAAGAUGGUUCACAGUGAGGCACUCUAUGCCUUUCUCUCCCCAACUCCUGAGUUUGUUUACCAAGCGUAUACUGCAGAGAAGAAGAAGUUUUCGUUGGCUGCCGUCAUUAGGAGUUUGCCAACAAUGAGAUCAGACAACCCUGAAAGUGAUGAGGAUUUCAUGUUUGGGGCUGACGAUAGCUCAGAGAAGGAUAAGAACACUGACUCCAUAGCCAAACCCCUGUACAGGCUGGUGGGGGAGGUGUUUGAGCUGCAGGGAAUGUUCCGCUUCUUCAGGAGGAGCCUCAUGAGUUUUGUAGAACUGACGUUUGGACGUUCUAUAGACAGGCAGCUGAAGGCCACAGUUGAUUGGCUGGUCAGUGAGCAGAUGUUAAUCUAUUACACCCAGACAUUUAAGGACAGCUUUUGGCCUGAUGGAGAUUGGGCCAAACCAUCCCCGCCCAGGAGUGACCAGCAGAAAUUAGACAACAGGAUUCAGGCCAAAACCAAGUUACUUGAGAAUAUGCCAGACACUCUCAAGACUCUGGUGGGGGAGGACAAUGGUCGACGAGGAAUGAUCAAAAUAUUUGAGGUUCUUCAGAAUAAGAACCUGAACAAACAUCUGCUUUAUAACCUUCUAGAGAUCAUCCUACUGGAGCUUCUGCCUGAGAUGAAGAAGGCCAAGGACACAGUUCUGUGCAGACACAAAGUUCGUCGCUUCUCCCAGGAGCAGGAGACCGACUUUUGA